AUGGUGGACGUGAAAUUUCUGAGUGACUGUGACUUACAGAAUGAACUUAAUAAGCUUGGAUUUUCACCUGGCCCAAUUCUAUCUUCCACCAGAAAACUGUAUGAAAACAAGUUAAAGCAAUUGUUGGUCUCACUUCCCUGUGUAUCACUUACAAUGAAUGGACCGGGAAAGCAGCACAGAACUCAAGACUAUGAAGAUGGGCAAGAGCUGAGGGGCAUUAUCGUUUUCAAAGGAAAUAUCAUACUCUCACCAGGAAAAAAGAAGGGAUGUGCCAAAAAAAGACCCAAGGCUUUCACCACUAAACCAAAACCCCAACAUCUCUGCUGUCAGCAUCAUAAGCACGCUGAGAAAACAAGGUGGGCCUCAGGAGCGCCGUACACCAGGUUCGGAGGAUGGAGUGACCCCGAAGAGGACACCUACUGCACAGUAAACGGGAGUGCUGGGAGCAGGAACCUAGAGAGGUUUCCGGUGGGCUUGAAGCUUGCUGUGUUUGGCAUCUUCGUCAUCGUGAUAUUUGUCUACAUAACCGUGGAAAAGAAGCCGCUCCUUUGGUUAAGCACUUUAGGAGCAGAGCUAUGA